CGCUUGGCUAUUCCACAGACAUAUCUUCUUCCUUAUCCUCGAAUCGAAAUGUUAAUUCCAUAAUCCGCCAUUGCAGCUUAUCUUCAUCCUUCACUUCCAUGCUUUUGUUCUGCGGAUUGCACAACCAUGGCGUCUUCCCCCACUCCCAUCUCUCCACUAUCUUUUCCCAAUCGGAGAUCAAAACCAAAACCAAACAAACCGCCUCCUUCAUUGCCUCCGCCGUGGAAACCCAGCCCCAAAUCUAUGCCCAAGGAGAUUUACUUUAACCGCGAUGGCUCUGCCUUGAAAAAGCUUCAGGUCGGUGUUGAUUUGGUGGCGGAGUUGGUCGGUGUUACGUUAGGGCCGAAGGGGAGGAAUGUGGUGCUUCAAAGAAAAUAUGGUCCGCCUAAGAUCGUCAACGACGGGGAAACUGUCCUCAAAGAGAUUGAAUUGGAAGACCGUUUAGAGAACGUUGGGGUGAAAUUGGUAAGACAAGCUGGUGCAAAGACAAAUGACCUUGCUGGUGAUGGUUCCACUACAUCUGUUGUUCUUGCCCAGGGAUUAAUUGCUGAGGGUAUGAAGGUUAUUUCAUCUGGCAUGAGUCCUGUUCAAAUUGCACGUGGGAUUGAGAAGACUGCAAAUGCACUAGUUUCUGAGCUGAAAUUGAUGUCAAGAGAGGUUGAAGAUCAUGAGAUAGCACAUGUUGCUGCAGUUAGUGCAGGGAAUGAUUAUGCUGUGGGAAAUAUGAUUUCAGAUGCCUUACGUCAAGUUGGAAGGAAAGGAGUCGUCCAAAUUGAAAAGGGGAAGAGUAUCGAUAACAGUCUGCAAAUUGUUGAAGGGAUGCAAUUUGAUUCUGGAUAUUUGUCUCCGUACUUUGUUACUGAUAGACAGAAGAUGAUAGUAGAAUUUCAUGAUUGCAAGUUACUGUUGGUCGACAAAAAAAUCUCAGAUCCAAAGGAGAUGUUUAAAAUAUUGGACAGUGCAGUGAAGGAGAAGUAUCCAAUUGUGAUCUUGGCAGAGGGCAUUGAGCAGGCAGCUUUGGCUCCAGUAAUUAGGAAUAAACUUAGAGGUGUGCUGAAGGCAGCUGCUGUCAAGGCUCCUGCCUUCGGCGAACGCAAGAGUCACUACUUAGAUGACAUAGCGACCCUAACUGGAGCAACUGUGAUCAGAGAAGAUAGUGGACUGACUUUAGAAAAGACCGGCAAAGAGGUAUUGGGCUCUGCUACUAAGGUUGUUAUAACGAAGGAUUCCACACUAAUAGUUACAGAUGGGACUACUCGGGAAGCAGUUCAAAAAAGGGUUUUACAAAUUCAAAAGCUUUUGGAGAAUACUGAGGAAAAAUUUCCAAAGAAGAUUUUGAAUGAGAGAAUUGCUAGACUAUCUGGGCGAAUUGCUAUACUUCAGGUAGGAGCACAAACUCAAGUUGAAUUGAAGGAUAAACAGUUAAGGAUUGAGGAUGCCUUGAAUGCGUCAAAGGCUGCAAUUGAAGAAGGUGUUGUCGUUGGUGGUGGUUGUUGUCUUUUAAGGCUGUCAACCAAGGUGGAUGCUAUAAAGAAUGUCCUGGAAAAUGAAGAGCAGAUGAUUGGUGCCGAAAUUUUCAAAAGGGCUUUGAGUUAUCCUACAAGACUAAUUGCGAGAAACGCCGGAGUUAAUGGAAGUGUGGUUAUAGAUAAGGUUCUAAUUAACAAUGAUAUGAAUUUUGGAUAUAAUGCCGCCACAGACCAUUACGAGGAUUUAAUGAAAGCUGGAAUCAUGGAUCCAUCGAAGGUCGUCAGAUGUUGCUUGGAGCAUGCCGCUUCUGUUGCGAAAACUUUCCUGACAUCCGAUGCUGUUGUAGUUGAUAUCAAGGAACCAGAAUCCUUUCCAAGAAGAACGCCGUUGCCCAUCUCAGGCAUCAAACGAAUGGGUCUUUAGCUUGACGGCCAAGAUCAGAGUAUAUGGGGGAAUUCUACGAUGGCUGUUUUCAGACACAGACAAAUGGGUCUCAAGCCACCAUUAAGAGUAAAGUUCUUGCCCAAUUUGUAGCAAUGAUUUGAUUGAUACAAGGCAGGUUGAGCAGCAAGUGAAGGACAAGCAGGCCAAGAACUUGUCGAGGUAAUGCUCUCUUCACUAACAAUCUUACGAUUACAGUAGAAAAUCAUCAAGUCGAUUAAACUUCUUGGUAGCUCAUAAUGUCCUGUGAUCUAUUUUGAUUGCAACUGUGAUGAAGGGCAAAAUCUUAAGAGUCCUUUGUCUUUAAGAAGUGUCUGCUAGUUAAAGACUCUGUCAAACUGAUGCUGUAAUCUAACAUGCAAUUGGAUGACGAAUUUAUAAAUAGAACUUGAAUUCGAAUGUUAGA